GUUCAUCUCGAAGGUCAAGGUUGGGUGAGUGAAUAAGGAUGAGGGUUCCUAACAUGGCGGAGCUGCAAUUCGAAGCUCCGCUGGCUUCUUUCGAAAAUGAAGAAUGGAGCGAAUACAACGAAUUUCAGGGUGCAGACACGGAUAGAAUGAAGUGCAAUAAUGGUUUACAAAUUCCAAACAGUGACAAAGAACACACAGAGACGGAUGUAGGUGGGAAUUAUGGCGAGACAGUGGCCGGGUCUCUGGAGGAUUUGGUGAACUCAUUCGAUGAGAGGAUCAGCAAGUGUUUCAAUAAUUUGGAAGAACAAGUUGAAACGUUUGCUCCUGUACAGAUACGCACUCAAGAAGAAAUUAUGACGGACUGCCAGAUCUGAAGCGGAUGUCGCGGGCCUCUCUGCAUGAGCUGGUGGCAGAGUACGACGCGACCACCAAGCUGCUGUCGGAGAUGCUGAUCACGGAGCUGGCCCUGCGCGAUGAGCUGGAGUACGACAAAGAGCUCAAGAACCAGUUCAUCUCUCUGCUGCUCACCAUACAGAAGAAACGACGCGACUGCCACAGCGACCGCAAGAAGAAGAAGGUCAAGGCUGGCCCCGCCCCGGGCGCCACUAGCCCCACCUCGGAGGGUUCCGGAAACAGUGCUGUGCCCCACUUAGACUCACGCCCGAGUGGACUGGAGCGGGGAGCUGGUGAGCUGGGUGAAGGGCCGGCCGGGGAGUCUACAACCGAUGGACAGAUGGAUGAACAGAUGGGCGUGAGAACGGACAGACAGAAGGACAGAAGUAGGAGAGUGAGUGAGGGCCGGCCGGGCGUGGAGCCUACAGACGGAUAUUCGAAUAUACAGACGGAUAGAUAUACGGACGGACAGAUGGACGUGGGAGGGAGAGGAGGGUCGGCGGUCCUCCCCGGCCAGCGCAAGUCUGCGGCCUUGAGCUAGCUUGGUGACCUUGGUGUUUGAUGUCAGCAGAGCUUGUAGGCACGCCGUUUUUCUCCCACAAAACUUUUUGCAACCAACCACUGGAACUAUUCAAUAGAAGUAAUAUUUGCUUAAUUUCUACAUGUCUUCACAUCAGUUUAUCAUUGAUUUCUACAUGUCUUCACAUCAGUUUAUCAUUGAUUUCUACAUGUCUUCACAUCAGCUUAUCAUUGAUUUCUACAUGUCUUCACAUCAGUUUAUCAUUGAUUUAUACAUGUCUUCACAUCAGUUUAUCAUUGAUGUCUACAUGAUGCUUUCACAUCAGUUUAUCUUUGAUUUCUACAUCAUUGAUUUCUACAUGUUUUCACAUCAGUUUAUCAUUGAUUUCUACAUGUCUCAGAUAAUUUUAUCAUUGAUUUGUACAUGUCUCAGAUAAUUUUAUAAUUGAUUUGUACGUCUCAGAUGAUUUUAUCAUUGAGUUGUACAUGUUUUCACAUCAUUUUAUCAUUGAUUUGUACAUGUCUCUGAUAAUUUUAUCAUUGAUUUGUGCAUGUCUCUGAUAAUUUUAUCAUUGAUUUGUACAUGUCUCUGAUAAUUUUAUCAUUGAUUUGUACAUGUCUCUGAUAAUUUUAUCAUUGAGUUGUACAUGUCUCAGAUAAUUUUAUCAUUGAGUUGUAAAUGUUUCCACGUCAUUUUAUCAUUGAUUUGUACAUGUCUCAGAUAAUUUUAUCAUUGAUUUGUACAUGUCUCAGAUAAUUUUAUCAUUGAUUUGUACAUGUCUCAGAUAAUUUUAUCAUUGAUUUGUACAUGUUUCACAUCAUUUUAUCAUUGAUUUGUACAUGUUUUCACAUCAUUUUAUCAUUGAUUUGUACAUGUCUCAGAUCAUCUUGUGAUGGAUUUUUAUGUAGGAAUGUAUCUUUUCUGUCUUUGAUUCUCCCAGAUUCUAUGGGUGUGUGAUGUUCUUUACCUUUGUGCUGUUCCAUAUAAUAUAUAUAUCAUGGAAGUAUAUGUUUCGCUUUCUCUGCUGGCCGUGACACCAAGUGAAAGUUUUUUCUGAAUGUGCCCAUGUUGCUGCAUAAUGUUAGAACGGGCGGGUCCGGGGGCCAGUGUCCGGACAGUUCAUCACUGCCAGGGUUUUCCUCUCUGCUGCUUGCACUUUGUAUACAUCCUAACUGGCAAUGUGUGUGUCUAGCUGUUUUUCUCCUUGUACAAGAGCUACACUCUUCUUUUAUGGAAGUCUUGAGCUUUUCUGUUUUAGACAAGUCCCCAAUUGAUUUUUAGUUGGGUUUUAUUUUGUUUUUUGUUUUUGUCCUGAACAGGCCAGGAGGUCUACAAGUCGGGCGUUCUCGUCUCCUCCUCACGUUUGUGCACAAAUAAAUCAAAAGUAUUCAGAAAUUGAAACGCCAGCUUUGGACAUAUAAACACGCGUGUCUGACGUAUAGACACCAGGUGUCUGACAUAUAAACACCUGCGUCUGACAUAUAAACACCUGCGUCUGACAUAUAAACACCAGGUGUCUGACAUAUAAACACGUGCGUCUGACAUAUAAACACCAGGUGUCUGACAUAUAAACACCUGCGUCUGACAUAUAAACACCAGUGUCUAGCCUAUGGGCUAACAUCUUUCCUGUUGUCUGUUGAAAUCUCAGUUGUGUUUUUCCACAUUAUUUAAAUAUUUGCCCCUCAGGAAAGCUGGAUGGAAUCAAAGUCGACAAAAUUAAUUUUUAUUAGAAUGGUGUGUUCAACGGAUCACAUUUUUUUGCCCUUCUAGUGAAUGUUUAAAUGGAUGCUUGUAAUCAAAAGUAGGUCUACUAUAGUACUACGCUUCAUUGUCCUGGUUUCUUCCCAAGGAAACCCCACACGGCCAAUCUACUUAAAGCAGCUGUCUGCUCUUUUCCAAA